AUGACUGUCUCUGGUGAAAAAGCUUCUGGAGAUGUAGAAGCGUUCGCCUCGUUCAAGGAGAACCUUAUGCAGAUUAUUCUAACCAAUGGAUACGAAAAACACGAGAUCUACAAUGCGGACGAAUCAGGUCUGUUCUUCAAAAUGCUUCCAUCCAGAACGUUGACAUUGCACGAUGAGGACAUAGCCGAAGGUAGGAAAGUUAUAAAAUCCCGUGUCACCUUUAUGCCAUGCUGCAACGUCGACGGUACAAAUAAAUUACCGCUGAUGCUCUUGGGAACCGCUGAAAAUCCCAGAAGUCUCCCCAAGGACAAAUCGUUAUUGCCAGUCUACUACAGAAGUUCAAAGAAAGCUUGGAUGAAUAGGGAAUUGUUCAGACGGUGGUUCUUUGAUCAAUUUGUGCCGUCGGUUGAAGCAUUCGCUCGGAAGAACAAUCGCGCUCCUCGUGCUCUGCUCCUACUUGAUAACUGUUCAGCGCAUCAUGAUGGAGGCGAUACCCUGGAGUACGGUGAGAUAAAAGUUGCGUACUUACCACCGAAUGUCACAUCGCUCGGCCAGCCCAUGGAUCAGGGGGUCCUUAAUGCUGUUAAGAAACGUUACAAAAAGAAACUUAUGCUGCACCUACUUUUGACCGAUGAAGAUAUGACAUUUGAGGAGAAAUUGAAGAAUAUUUCACUGCGCGAGGUUAUCAACUGGCUGCAUCAAUCGUGGGAGGAGAUUUCCAGCAAAACUAUUGAAGGAUCCUGGAAGCAGUUGAUUGACGAAUAUCCGCAUUUCAACCUGGACAGCGAUGAAGACUACUCACUUGAUGCGGAUGUACUAGCCUUGGCGAAAUCUUUCGCUGAGGCUUUAGAUGAGCACCAGUCGUCGGAGGAUGUGAACCAGUGGCUAAAUGAUAGCGUCUACGAUACCAACGGUGGAAAAAUUACGGGAGAUUGUGACCUCUACACUGAUCAGGAGAUUGUGGACUAUGUUAUUACCCGUCAUCUGAGUGACCAGCGAUGCAGCAAUGAGUCACUUACGUCUCUUAGUGACAUUGGACAAAACGAAAUCAUUCCGAACGAAAAUGCAAUCAAAAUUGAAAGGUUCAACGAGGGUCAUGAAAAACACGAAAGGGCAAUCGAAUGUGUCGAUUACCUUAUCGAUUUUAUGGGAGAAAAAGAAGAUAUUUUGGAGGUUACCAGACUGAACGCUGUCAAAAGCAGAUUGAUUGAGUUGGAAUGGAAACGCCGUCGAGAAUCUUAA